CUAUCCAGCUAAACAGAAGGGAAAGCCCAGGUUUCUGUCGAGUAAUUGGUCUGGAUCUCCAAGCAACCUCCUCACUUUUUAUUCCGCUUCAAACAACAGGGACAGAGCGUUUCAUUGGAGAACCGCGUCAGACGCGCUUGAUUUUUUUUUCUUUCCAUGAGCUUCUGUGAAGCGCUAAGGACCAGCGAGCAUCUGACCGUCCCGACGGCCAUAUGAACAUGUGACCGCUGCGCGCUCCCCCAGUCACCGCGACACCUGACGGGAUCACACACGCAGCGCGGGUCUCUGCUCCUUCUGCUCGUGCAACCGGAUCGCUGCCGAGUGAGGAAGAGGAGGAGGAGGAGGAGGAGGAUGGAGAGCACGGAACAGGGAGCUCAGGUAGAGCCACUGCUGCUAUCGGUUAACCCUUCAUUUGCUUCAUCGGUCAGGCGAAGAAGCUUGAGGAAUGAUGAUGAGGCGGUGGUGGAUCGGGGAGGAACGCGGUCCCAGCAGAAAGCCAACUUUGAGCAGGAAGAUUUUGAAGGCCACAGGACUCUCUACAUUGGGGUCCAUGUCCCCUUAGGAAGUACCAGGAACCGUAGUCAUCACAGGCACCGUCACCAUGGAAAAAAACAUUGGAGGAGGAGCAGAGACCGAACCCUUCCCUUGGUGGAGGGAAGAGAGUCUCCAAUUUAUGAUACUCCUUCACAGCGGGUGCAGUUCCUGUUAGGAGCAGAAGAUGACGAUGAGGAGCACAUCCCCCAUGACCUCUUCACGGAGAUGGAUGAGAUCUGUCUGAGGGAUGGAGAGGACUCUGAGUGGAGGGAAAGUGCCAGGUGGCUGAAGUUUGAGGAGGAUGUGGAGGAUGGGGGAGAGCGAUGGAGCAAACCCUACGUAGCCACGCUGUCUCUCCACAGUCUGUUUGAACUGCGCAGCUGCAUCAUCAAUGGCACCGUGCUGCUGGACAUGAGGGCAAACAGCAUUGAGGAGAUUUCAGAAAUGGUCUUGGAUCACCAAGAGUUAUACUCACCACUAGGAGAUGAACUCAGAAAGAAGGUGCGCGAAACUCUCUUGAAGCAGCACCAUCACCAGAACCAGAAGAAGCUGGCCAACCGCCUGCCCAUUGUGCGCUCCAUUGCUGACAUGGGCCGACGGGCGUCAGAGCUCCAUCUGGACAAGAAUGGUCAGCUGACGGCGUCUCAGUCUCAAUUAGCGGGUCCUGACGGCAAAGGGGACAUCAGCAGGGAGAACAGCGCAGUGGACUUUAGCAAGAUAGACCUUCAUUUCAUGAAGAAGAUCCCGCCGGGGGCAGAGGCCUGUAAUGUGUUGGUGGGAGAGCUGGAGUUUCUGAACAAGCCAGUGGUGGCGUUUGUCCGUCUUUCCCCUGCAGUCCUGCUAAAUGGGUUGGCUGAAGUCCCAAUUGCAACAAGGUUUCUGUUUAUUCUGCUCGGACCUUUGGGUAAGGGGGCUCAGUAUCAUGAGAUUGGGAGAUCCAUAGCUACUCUAAUGACGGAUGAGGUUUUCCAUGAUGUUGCCUACAAAGCUAAAGACCGGAAUGACCUGAUUGCUGGGAUUGAUGAGUUCCUUGAUCAAGUGACCGUCCUGCCACCAGGAGAAUGGGAUCCAUCAAUACGCAUAGAGCCACCAAAAAACGUACCUUCUCAGGAAAAGAGAAAGAAAAGCAAUCUUUUACCAAACGGCUUAGUGGAGGGUGAAGAUGAGGAUGAAGACGAUGGCCACGGUGGUCCAGAACUACAGCGUACUGGGAGGUGGUUUGGUGGCCUUAUUCAGGACAUCAAGCGCAAGGCCCCCUACUACCUGUCAGACUACUCGGAUGCUUUUAGCUUGCAGUGUGUUGCCUCUUUCUUGUUCCUCUACUGUGCCUGCAUGUCCCCUGUCAUCACCUUUGGAGGACUUCUGGGCGAGGCCACAGAGGGAAGAAUAAGUGCAAUUGAGUCACUAUUUGGCGCUUCACUGACUGGAAUAGCCUAUUCCCUGUUUGCUGGACAGCCCCUCACCAUUUUGGGAAGCACAGGCCCUGUGCUGGUGUUUGAAAAGAUCCUUUUUAAAUUCUGCAAGGAGUAUGGCUUGUCCUAUCUGUCACUGAGAACCUGCAUUGGCCUGUGGACAGCUUUCCUCUGUAUUCUGCUGGUGGCCACAGAUGCCAGUUCCCUUGUUUGUUACAUCACCCGUUUCACGGAGGAAGCGUUCGCCUCGCUCAUCUGCAUCAUCUUCAUUUAUGAAGCGUUAGAGAAACUUUUGCACCUGGGGGAUCUCUAUCCCUUCAACAAGAACAACGACUUGGACAAACUCACCACAUACUCAUGCGCUUGUGUUGAGCCUUCGGAGCCGACUAACGGUACUGUGAAGUUUUGGGAGGUCAACAACAUAACUGCCUCAGAAAUUUACUGGGAAGCCCUGGAGGUGAAGGACUGCAUUGAAAAGAGAGGGGAGUUUGUGGGGACAGCCUGUAGUCCUAAUGGACCCUACGUUCCUGAUGUUCUCUUCUGGUGUGUCAUUCUCUUCUUUUCUACUGUUAUCAUGUCUGCCUUCCUCAAGGAGUUCAAGUUCAGCAAUUACUUCCCCACAAAGGUGCGGUCGAUCAUCAGUGAUUUUGCUGUUUUCCUCACCAUUCUCACCAUGGUCUUGGUUGAUUAUGCCCUGGGCAUCCCCUCUCCAAAACUGAAGGUGCCCAAUGUGUUCAAGCCAACCAGAGAUGAUCGAGGUUGGUUCAUCAACCCAUUGGGGCCCAACCCCUGGUGGACAGCAGUCAUAACUGUCAUACCAGCUCUGCUUUGUACUAUCCUCAUCUUCAUGGACCAGCAGAUUACAGCUGUCAUCAUCAACAGGAAGGAAAACAAACUCAAGAAAGGCUGUGGUUACCAUCUAGACUUGAUGAUGGUAGGCGUGAUGCUGGGGGUGUGCUCUUUGAUGGGCUUGCCGUGGUUUGUAGCGGCCACGGUUCUCUCCAUCACCCACGUUAACAGCCUGAAGCUGGAGUCGCAGUGUUCGGCUCCCGGGGAGCAGCCGAAAUUCCUCGGCAUCAGGGAGCAACGCGUCACAGGCCUCAUGAUCUUCAUGCUCAUGGGCUCCUCUGUCUUCAUGACAUCAAUGCUUAAGUUUAUUCCCAUGCCUGUGUUGUAUGGAGUGUUUCUUUACAUGGGGGCAUCUUCUCUCAGAGGCAUUCAGUUAUUUGAUCGCCUCACGUUGUUUGGCAUGCCAACCAAGCAUCAGCCAGACUUAAUCUACUUACGCCAUGUACCCCUGAGGAAGGUGCACCUCUUUACCAUCAUCCAGCUCAGCUGUCUGGUUCUCCUGUGGGUUAUCAAGACUUCUAAGGCUGCCAUAGUCUUCCCCAUGAUGGUCUUGGCUCUGGUGUUCAUCAGGAAGUUGAUGGACUGUAUUUUCACCAAGCGAGAGCUCAGCUGGCUGGAUGAUCUCAUGCCAGAAAGCAAGAAGAAAAAGCUUGAGGACGCUGAGGAGGAAGAAGAGCAGAGUAUUCUUGCGGAAGAUGAAGGAGUUGUGCAAGUGCCGCUGGGGGGAUACAAAGGAAUACCUAUCAUCAAUAUCACAGAUGAGAUGUCAAAAGGCUCAUUUGGAAAUACUUGGAAUGCCAACAACUGAGAAAAUAAAAGCAGCGACAAAGGCUAUCAAAAUUAUUUGCAAGUAUUUUCCCGUGAAAAGGCAAAAAUACACCAAAUCGGGAAAUGGAGUAAAGA